AUGGCCACUGCUCCUGCUUUCUGGAACUCUUCCUCUUCCUCCUCGUCCUCCUCCCGCCGUCGUACAUCCGACGAGAACCAGCAAUUCGCGUAUUCGGGGUACCCCUCAAUGCCUUAUCCUGGUCCUGACACGUCUGAUCAUCGGUCAUCCCGUUCAUCAGGCUCGAGCGGCACGUCGAGCUUAAGCGCAGCCAUGGGUGAAGUACCGCUACCCGCGAGCAAUAUGGCGCUCCUUCCAAACGCCAUGGGAUGGAAUCAGCCACAGUCUUCCCUGCUCCCUGCGCAGUCUGGCUAUGCGCCCAGCACGAGCACCCCGUUCUUGGACACCUCUGGAUACUCUUAUGGCAGCUCCCCGGAAUCCAUCUCUCCAGGGUCUCCAUCUUACACGGCAGAUGUUCGCGAGUCCUUCAGAGGUUAUCCUGCGACGACAAUCGACGCCUCCCACUCAUCUCCACACCCCAAGGACAUCGAGAAUGGGAACCUUUGGAAACGAGUCCGGGACCUUGAGCGAGUGGUCGAGCGCCAACGCAGCCAAAUCUACACCCUUGAAUCUCGAGCGUCUCAGCGGUCUUCCGGCUCUCCACCAGCCAACAGCUCUCCAGCGCCUUCUGCCGCUUUCCAGGCCUCAUGGCGAGCGCGGACGAAUGCGCGGAUCAGUCAGUUCUGCUCCGUCAAUCGAGCCGGGAACGCUCUCUGUGCUUGGCACGACUCCCGUCGGGAACGUCGAGUGUACCCUCCGCGCAUGGCACCAGCGGGCUACCUCAACUGUGGCUGCACGUUCGAAGAGGCGCUGUUCGAGGAGAGUCUUGCUCGGCAUCACGUGGGCAGCUACAACCCCGGCGAGACUGUCCGCAUGGAUCCGGCUCUGCGGAAGCCGCUGCUGAAGCUGCUGCAGACGAGGUACGGUUACAAGGACGGCGACUUUGAGCGCGAUGCGCGCACCGGAGACUGGAUUCCGAACGAAGGGCCCGCAAUCUGGGAGCAACAGAUCCAGGCUGGCACCAACCCACGACGAGACCGCCACGCAUGA